AUGGCGCUUUCCAAAUCCCAACGCAUCAGCAUCAUGGUUGCUAUAAGCACCGUCUUCUUCCUGGUCGAAUUGAUCUCGGGGCUUAUGGUCAAAUCCCUGGCGCUGACUGCCGAUGCCUUUCACAUGUUAAACGACAUCAUCUCCUUGCUCGUCGGUCUCUGGGCGGUUAGAAUCUCCAAGAGACAGAGCACCGACAAGUUCUCCUAUGGCUGGGUUCGAGCUGAAAUCCUCGGCGGCUUCUUCAACGCCGUGUUUCUCAUCGCCCUAUGCGUCUCCAUUAUCAUUGAGUCCAUUACCCGCUUCUUCGACCCGCCCGAGAUCUCCAACCCUCAGCUCAUCCUCAUCGUCGGCUGCUGUGGCCUGGCAUCCAACUUGGUAGGAUUCGUCGUGCUGGGCCACGGUGGGCAUGAUCACGGCCACUCCCAUGACGACGGCGAACAUGGUCAUGACCACGCCCACGACCAUAAUGAGGCUGCUAUUGCGGAGGAAGGUAGAGCCAGCUCCAACACUGGGGGAAUGGACGACGAGAGCGGCCCGGCUACAGAUAUAUUCCCCGAAGUGGCUUUGGCGCGGGCAAAUGCUGGAGGCAGCUCACCCGAGACUGUCCGCCGCAUCCAGUUCAACAGCUCCGAUGGCGGCCAUAAGUCGGAACGGAGCGCCAGCCGAUCAACAAGGGGCCGUGAGCGACGUCGCGCGGGCAGCCUUAAGCAUAGCCGCCUGCAAAGCAUCGAGGACCACAGCUUCCACCCUGCUAGUUUCAGACAGAACAUCAUCGAUCAGAGCAGGUCCAACGCCGAGGAGUCUGACGAGAGCUCGACCGAGGGCGACACAUCUGUGGAUGAGAAUAGUUCCCUACUUCACCAUGGCAACGGCGUCAACAACAACGGUGCUAUCGCCCACGGCGCUUCGCACCGGACCAGGCGCGGCUCGGGUGUGCAUAAGGAGCACCACCACAACAAACCCCGGACUUCCACUGGUUCUGGAGGACACGGCCACAACCAUGCGGACAUGGGCAUGAAUGCCAUGAUCCUACACGUCCUGGGAGAUGCGCUUGGCAACGUCGGCGUCAUCAUCACCGCUUUGAUCAUCUGGCUUACUGACUUACCCGGCAAAUACUACACCGAUCCCGCUGUUUCCUUGUUCAUCACGGCUAUCAUUCUGCACACAGCUCUGCCGCUCACACGAGCGACUGCCAAGGUACUACUUCAGGCAACUCCAGACAACAUCAACAUUCGAGAGAUCAAAGAGGAUAUUCAAGCACUAGACGGCGUGAUCAGUUGUCACCAUGUCCAUGUGUGGCGGCUAUCCGACACCAAGAUCGUGGCUUCUAUGCACGUUCAGGUUUCUUUCCCCAGCACGCAAGAGGGGGGCGAGAAGUACAUGGCGCUCGCCAAGCAGGCCAGGAAGUGCCUGCAUGCCUAUGGGAUCCACAGCGCAACUAUCCAGCCAGAGUUCUGCGUCGACGAGAGAUGCAACCACGACGAUGCCUCGUUGCAGUUGGAUGGACAAUCCGCGCCAAUCUGCGGCAACGGGACGAACUGCCUCCUUGACUGCACCGACGACUGCGAGGAGCAGGGGUGCUGCUCGGUCCCGGGUUCCGCCAACGGUGACGGUUCUAGGCGUUCUAGUCACUCGGCCCACAACCAUGACCACGACCAUGAUCACGGCAACGACCACGGUCAUCACUAA